AUGUGCCUGCUGUGGUGCUACAACACGCUGCGGCGCGACGGGUGCAAGGGCAUCUGCCCCGACUGCGCCUGCGUGUCCUGCGUCGCCGUCUUCGUCCUCGCCCCCGUCGGCUUCGUCGGCGGCCUCCUCUACGCGCUGCUCUUGGGCCUCGUCAAGUGGGUCCCGGGCGCGUUCCACCGCGUGUCGACGUGCUGCACGUGCUACUGCGACGUCAUCCAGAAGGGCCAGGAGCAGUACGACAUCGAGGACGGGCGCGCGCGGCCGCCGCCGCCCGCGCCGUCGCGCGGCGGCUGGUUCAACCCGUCGGAGUACGUCGAGCGCCGGUCCAAGGCCGCGGGCUCCAAGUGCGCCGGCGAGUUCUACUGCUGCUGCCUCCCGGCCUUCUGGCUGCUCAUGGUCCUCUACCCGGUCUGGAUCCUCGUCGAGCUCCUGCUGUGCGGGUCCGCGAUGGGCGCGUGCGAGGGCAUGAACGCGGGCUGCGCGGGGCUCGUCGGGUGGCAGGCGCGCUUCCGCCGCGCCAUGCUCGUCAUCGACCGCAACACGUCCCAGAGCGCCUACGGCAGCCCGAAGCCGUGGUUCCCCGCGAAGGACGUCGCCUACGCGGCGCCGGGCGCGUCCCCGCCCCAGCCGGGCUACCCCGUCCCGGGCGCGCCGGGCUACCCGACCCAGGCCUACCCGCCCCAGCAGCCGCCCGUCGCGCAGCAGCCCCGGGCCAUGCCGCCCCAGCCGCCGCUGCCGACGGCCUUCGCGCAGCCCGCGCCCGCGCAGCCCGUCGCCUACGCGCAGCCCGCCGCGCCCGCGCCGCCGACGAAGGGCUACCCGCGCGUGUACUAG